AAUGAACACUUAUUUUUAUACAUUUGUUAGGUGUGGGCAGUGUUUAAAGAUUUAUUGGUUGCACAUUUGAAGCCCUACAUUUUGUGAGACCAUUAUUGUGGCGUAUAUCCAAUACCCAAUGAUGAUGAUUAGGACACUUCUCAGGGUUUCAGUGCUGGUGGCGGCUGCUUAUCUUGCAGAUGCUGAUGAUAUCGUCCAAUCGAAAAUUCUGCGAGAUGCAUCAGGAAUAUACCAGAAGAUUGAAUAUGAUAUCCCAGCCGGUCCUGAACCUGCCUCUUUACCCCCACCGAACUCAGUUGACUCUCUCAGACCGUCUGACAUAUCCCUGUUUUCUACUAUGGGAAUACCAAUAUUACAAAGGUCUACGGCGAACAGAAUAUUAAAAAAAGUGGCUGAGAUGUCUGUCUUCAAUGCUGACGUCUUCUCCUUGCCCUUGGAUCUGGAAUUAGAUAAUGGGAAUCUGUUGGAGGAGGCUGACCAUGUUUCACAAUCUCUUUCCCAGCAUCAGGCUACAGACUGGAAGUUUGUGCUGCUUUUUGUUCCGGCAGAUUCUCAGUGGUCCCGCACACAGCAGGCAGCCAUGGAACCUGAAACUAUGGUGAGAGAGGUGGAGGCAGCUCUGAAGAUAUUGAAGAAAAAGCUGCAUCGCACAUUGGUUCAUACAGUCGUCUGGAGCGGGCCCAUUGCAUUGGAAAACCACCAGCUUGCAACUGAUAUCAGCAUGAAGCAACGAAUCCGAAGAGCUUUAGAUGUACAGACACUACAGGACUCUCUUCAGCGUGCCAUGGAAAGAUUUAGUGAGCGUGAAGACUUUGCCGUCCUGCUGCAUCCAAAACCGAUUAUCUUGGGUCCAACCCUGGAUUCAGAAGAGUCCAACUUUGAAAACUUGAACCAACUAGCACUCCAGCUACUGGAAAACAUGUUUCAUUGGACACUCACAGGUGAAGCGACGGUCAAGGAUAAGGACAUUGGCCGUACAGAGUAUCAGGCCCAAUUUCUGAGCACACAAAAUAAUUCUCCCAGAGAAAGGACAGGAACAACAGCAGCGUACAGCAACACUUCCCUGAUUGACCCUGUAAUGGGAACAGAGAUGAUCUGUGUGGAUCGAGAUCCUUCCCCUACUACCCCUACCUCGGUUCAUGCACUUAGACCAGGAGACGUCAAAGUAGUGGCAGCAGUUGGAGACUCACUCACGGCAGGUAAUGGUGUCGGUGCCAAGACAGACAACCUUCUGCUAGUUGCAAAUGAAUACAGAGGUCUGUCAUGGAGUAUCGGUGGCGAUGCCAAUCUUGCCAAUGUGACCACCCUGCCAAACAUCAUGAAGGAGUUUAACUCAGAUCUGACUGGCUGGGCUGUGGGGAUCGGUGAAGAGAACGAUCCUCAAGCCUUCUUGAACCAAGCCGCACCAGGGGCCAAGAGUGGCGAUAUGGUGAAACAGGUGCGCACUCUAGUGGACAAGAUGAAGAAUGACACGCGCAUCGAUUUCAAGAAUGACUGGAAAGUGAUCACCAUGUUCAUCGGGGGAAAUGACAUUUGUGACUUCUGCACAGACACAGUCUUCUUCUCACCGGAGAAUGUGGUGGGUCGUGUCCGCGAGGCUCUGGACCUCCUCCAUAAAGAGGUUCCCCGGGCCAUGGUGAAUCUGGUGGAGCUAAUGCACAUCGUUCCUCUCCGCGAGCUGCACCAAGAAAAGAGCCUUAAGUGCCCCACCUUCUUUGUGAAAAUUAUUUGCCCUUGCAUUCUGACCCCUAACAAGGGAACAGCGGAACUCAAGAAGGUUGAAGAUAUAAACCGAGCAUACCAGAACGGUAUGAGGAGCCUUGUUGACUCCGGUCGCUAUGACACCCAUGAGAACUUCACUGUGGUGCUGCAACCUUUCUUUCGAGAGGUCAUCAUCCCCAGGCUAGAGGACGGACGCCCCGAUCGCUCCUAUUUCUCCCCAGACUGUUUCCACCUGAGCCAGAAAGCUCAUACGGUGAUGGCUCUUGCCCUUUGGAACAACAUGAUUGAGUCCGUUGGCAACAAGACUUUUAGCCAAGACUUCACUGCUGGCGUUGAUUUGAAGUGUCCUUCAAAGGAAAUGCCGUUCCUCAGGACGGCUCAGAACAGCGACUACGUCUACCCCAGCCCUCAACCCAGUCCUCCUCCUGUUACUAACUGGGGCAGUGAUUUCACCUGCACUAACACCGCUCCCUCGGACUCUGUGCCUGCUUCGGUGCAUAGGUUGCGACCUGGCGACAUCAAAGUGGUGGGCGCCAUGGGCGAUUCGUUAACGACUGGUUUUGGGGCUAAGGCUAAGAACAUUCUUGCGCUGUUUACUGAAUACAGAGGUGUUUCCUGGAGCAUUGGAGGUGAUAAAGCCCUUGAGACCGUCACAACAUUACCCAACAUCCUCAGGAAGUUCAAUGCCAACAUUAAGGGGAUGUCGAAGGGCCGGGGAAAAAGGCAGACAGGCUUCAACAUGGCUGAGGGAGGAGCUGUGGCAUCCGACUUCCCCGCGCAAGCCAGACGGCUUAUUGGAACCAUGAAAAACAAUACAGCUGUGGACUUUAAGAAUGACUGGAAGCUGGUGACCCUCUUCAUUGGAGGGAAUGACCUGUGUUCUUACUGCAAUGAUAGAGCGGCAUAUUCAACAAAGAACUACAUUCAUCAUUUAAAGACGAGCUUGGACAUCCUUUACAACGAGGUCCCCAGGCUAAUGGUUAAUGUGGUGGAAGUCCUAGAAAUGAAGGCCCUUCGCAAAAUAAAAAAGGACGCUUUUUGCAAUUUCUUUCAAAAGCAGGCUUGUCGGUGCUUUUUGGAACCGAGCGACGAUUCCCCCGAGCUCGCGGAAAUGAAACGCAUCAACCGGGAUUAUCAGAGAGAGACGGAGAACCUGGUAUAUGGAGGACACUACGAUGGCAGGGAGGACUUCACCAUCGUGGUGCAGCCCUUCUUCAGAAACACCGUCCUUCCCUUGAACUCUGAGGGGAAGCCGGACCCAAGCUACAUGACGGUGGAUUGUUUCCACUUCAGCGAGAAGGGCCAGGCAGACAUGGCCAGCGAACUGUGGAAUAACAUGUUUGAGCCUGUGGGCAAGAAGCAGACGUACAACAACUUCACAAGUACUAGGAACGUGGUCAAAUGCCCUGCUGAGGAGCAUCCUUACUUCUUCACAAGAGUCAACAGCUAUUCCAUUCCAGCCACUACCCCAGGCCCCUCGUCCACACCCAUGCCUAGCUCAGCCACCGCUGGAUCUACGGCCGUGCCUAUCUACUCCACCUGCUCAGGCAGUGUGGCUACCUGGGCCGCUGCUGUCAUGACCGUGGUGGGUCUUCUCACUGGCUGCACGCUCACUUGGCUCCUCCUCAGCUACUUACAGAGGAAGAACCAUCAGAAGAUAAAGAUGUUGGAGUCUGUGAUGAAUGACACCAAGUUCUAAAGCACUGUGUGUGUGUGUGUGUGUGUGUGUGUGUGUGUGUGUGUGUGUGUGUGUGUGUGUGUGUGUGUGUGUGUGUGUGUGUGUGUGUGUGUGUGUGUGUGUGUGUGUGUGUGUGUGUGUGUGUGUGUGUGUGUGUGUGUUUGUUGGGGGUUAACAGCAAUAGCCACUUAGCUGGGAAAGUUUCCUGAAACUAUUCAGGUAAAAAAAAUAUUUGCCACGUAGAAAAUGAAUCUGCCAACUAGAAAAUAAGAGAAAUUAACUGGAAAUAUUUGUUAGGUAAUUGCUGCUGAAGGCUGACACUAAAUGAUAAGUGUGUGGUGAACAUAAAUGCUGUACAUUUGCAUUGUCAUUUCCUCCUCUUGUUACCUCUGAUGAGCAGCCUGUGCUCUAUCAUUGUAGUUGCCCAAUUCUUAUCUUUUCAAGCUCUGAGUGACAUAGUCGUAACCAUUUUUUUUUGUCAUAAUGCACAAA